AUGGCCACAUCUUCGGACCACCGGGCAAUGAAAGAUCAACUUAUAGAGCUCGGAGAAGUAUGGUCGCCCGCCUGGCAAGAUGUUCUGGAAUUCUGCCCCGAAUAUUUGGCUGCGUACUUGAAGAUGCGUUCUGUUCCUGUCAAUAACCGGCACCUUUCGCGCAAGCUCCAGGAGUUACUCCUACUUGCGUGCGAUGCGUCGUGCACACACCUCUUUGGGCCGGGGAUACGUCUUCACACAGAGAAUGCGCUGAAGGCUGGGGCUACUAAAGGGGAAGUUUUGGAAGUUCUGAUGAGGACGAGUGUUUUGGGAAUCCAUGCCGUUAGUAUCGGUCUACCGGUGUUGUUUGAAGUGCUGGUGGAAGAGGGAAAGGUGACAGAGGAGGAGCUAGCUAAGCCCAACGACGAAUAUAAGGAGCAGCUCAAAGCCAAGUUCACCGAAAAAAGGGGCUUCUGGUCACCCCAUUACCAGAAACUAAUAACGAUCGCCCCGGACUUUUUCGAGGCGUAUACUUCAUUCUCGGCCGCACCCACAGAGGUCGGGGGCCAUCUUAGUCCUCGGGAUCGAGAACUAGUCUACACAGCGAUUGACUGUGCAACAACACACCUCUACGGAUACGGCUUGAAAACGCAUGUCAGGAAUGCAGUUCGAUUGGGCGCAACACCGGAACUGAUUGUGGAAGUAUACGAGCUUGCAGGUUUGAUGGGUUUCCAAACGAUGUUAUUGGGAGUGCCUGUGUUAAAGGAGGCUCUGACAAAGUUCGACUCGGACAAGAAUGGUUUGGCCUAG